AUUCGUCAGUGUCAUAACAUUGAGGUUAGUUGGUUUGUUAUUGAUGGUGUGAUGGUGUGAUGUUGUAAUAAGUGAUACAACUAUUGUAAUUUGCGUCGUUUAAGUGCUUAAUCACUUGGAAUUUAAUUACAUCCACUUUGGAUAAGUUUGGAUAAAUACCAUUCGUUACAAAUCACCAAAAUUCUAUGGCAAAAUAUUUAGCACAAAUUAUCGUCCUUGGCGGUCAGGCCGUUGCUAGAGCUUUUGGACGGGCAUUGAAGCAAGAAUAUGCUGCGUCACAAGAAGCGGCCAAACGGGCUGGUGGCGGUCAACAAGGAAAUCAACGUGCUGCAACUAAUGCACGCUCUGGCAUUACGUUAGACGAAGCACAACAGAUAUUGAAUCUGAACGACUUAAACGACGCAGAGAAAGUGAAUAAGAAUUACGAACAUUUAUUUAAUGUGAAUGAUAAGUCAAAAGGUGGCUCGUUCUACUUACAAUCCAAGGUGUUCCGAGCUAAAGAACGGAUAGACCAAGAAUUGGCAGAACGACAGAAAAAAAAACCGCCGAAUGAAGAGGAGAAAUCAAACUGAAACGCGCUAAAAAUUUAGAAAUCUUCAUUUGUAGAUACACACAGAACAUUAACGGAUAUCAAUAAAUUUUGUUGGAGCUGCUGGUAUAGAUUAUGAAAA